CUCGAGGAUUUCCGGACGCGUGCUGCCCCUUCCGCGUGUAAUCGAAUAUUCAACCAAAAGAUGACAACAAACGUACCGUUACCGGCUGUCGUGGAGGCCCUACGUCCGUUUAUACGCUCAAGGCAGGAAGUCGACCAGAUCAGACAAAGUAUUAGAGCCGCAUCGGGCGUCACGGCUGUGAAUGCCAGCACGGGAAUAUCCCUGCCAGAUCAGCAGCCUGCUUCUCUACCGAGUGUUCACAAAGCGUAUUGGAAAGCUUUGCAAGCACAUCGUCAAGCCCAAGCAAAGUACCAAGCUUUGAAGACGGAGGUCGAAAAGCUCUCACAAGCGCCGUCAAUCAACAAGCACCCCAAUGUGGAACCAGAUCUGCUCCGAGAGUCAUACUUACCGCUGCUCAAACAGAAAGAGAAGCAGCGCAAGCUUGCGACUCUCGAGCGUACCUUUGCAAGAAUUCAGUCAAUCGGUGGCGACGCAGUAGCUGAUUCCUUCGACAACGUAGUUAGAAAGGAGAUCGGCGACGUGCCAUACCCUCCUAACGCCUCGACCUUUCCCGAGCGAGAGCUCGAUUCGUACGCCGGUCCAGAUCUCACACAGCUCAAGCAGGCUAUUCUGGGCGCCAAACGAAAAUGUGAUGUUCACCAGAAGCUGAUCGAGGACAUUGAAUCAUCUGCGUCCGCGGUGACAGAUCCGCACACUGAGCUGCAAGCACUGCAGAACGCACACAAUGAGCUCACGCUUUGGAUGGAGACGCAAUUGGCAUUAAUCAGCGAUGUUGAACCAUCUACAGAGAGCGGCACAGCUUCACCAACCCCUGUGCUGGAAAACUUCGGACUGCGGCCUGGAGAAGACAUCGCCAGCUUGUACGAACAGUAUCUGGAUGCGAGGCAGAAGCUCCUCGAGACAAUCCUGCACCCCGAAACUGCAGAGAUAGUCUCAUUCGAUGCACCAGCGCUACAAAGGCGCAAUUCACAGAAGGAGAAUGAGCCUCGGGUGCCCUCGGAAGCCCUACUUCCCUACAUCACCAGACUUGUUGCCCUGAGGCAACAGGAGCAGCAAUUGCAGCAACAAAGCAGUCACGUCCGAAGGCAGAUGUCUGCUGCAGAGGACGAGACCAAGGACGUUCUCGCACGGCUUGUGGACGAGAGCCAUCUCGUCGCGCCUAGCCUGAAUCAAAGAAAUGCAAGCGGGCAAGAUUGGUUGAAAGCGGCAGCCAACGAUGCCUCCGCCACGAAGAGCUCUGCGCUAGAGAAGUUGGCUGUGGGGCAAGCCUCGGUGAAAUCUGCCAAGGCAGCUCUGGCUGGUAUCACGGGUCUGCCUGAAUCGCUUGAUGCGUUGGCGUAGCCGCGGACAUGCUCAUAGACUGUAGACUAGCACGUGUAGAAAGCGGGCGUUUCACUCCUGGUGCGGUGGUCAGCAGGGUAGGGGGGGGGAUCGUCCGCUUUUCGUCAAUCUGUUUGGUAUCCUUGACGGCAACGUUCACAUUGGGAAACCGUGUGCUCGAAUCCGGCAAAGCUAUAAAUAGGAACAGAGGAACAGAGAAUGAUCUCAAGGACCAGGGCGAAAAUCUCACCACAUGGCUGUCAAGGUGCUUGGAUCUUCGCAAUGAUGAUAUACUCGAAUAUGACUGGUGGUUGCGAUACCCGAUUCCGGUUCGAGCUCGGCGAUGGUCUGCCAUAGAAUUGCCUUGUGUCUCCUUUGUCAGAGGAUUCGCGAUACAUAUUGCGCCCCAGAUACCAGCGUGUACUCUUCGUAAAAGACAAGACAUUGGACGAGUCAUGCAAAUAUUGAUUACAGAUUAUCGAC